CAAGGGAAACAAGAGAAUGGUGACCAGAAUGUCUUAACGGCAAAGGAGGACAAGACACUGCAAAAUAUAGGACUUUCAAGAAAAAUGUAGGAAAAAAUAGUAAAUAGAAAUUCACACUUCAUGGCCAUGCUCAAAAUAGAGGACAUUUUGGAAUUCCUCCUGGACAAAAGGUGAAAACUGGAGCACAUGUGGCAAGCAACAUCAGAGUGUGGUCAAGGUGGAAAUUAUAACACAAAGACUGAUGUACAUUUUAGCAACGACUCAUGUCCUCCUCCUGAAUUUUGCAAAGAAGCAACCAAAUGCUGUCAGUUUGGAGUGGAUGACUAUGGCUGGAUUGCUGCAGCAGUUGGCUGGAGUCUCUGGUUUCUCACCCUUAUCCUUCUCUGCAUUGAUAAGCUCAUGAAACUCACGCCUGAUGAACCCAAGUAUUUGGAAGCGUGACACCAGUCAAAGCUGACACCUGCUUUUGACUACUGAUGCAUCUGUGGGGAGUGUGUGAAGAAAUUAAUUUCUCCCGCUCUGCUGAAGUGUAUGUGGGUGUUGGGGGUGGGGGAAGGACAUUUAUAUACAGUAUGGCACAGUAUUUUUACAAAAAGGACCAAGAGCAACUGGGCACUGACAAGUUAUGUUUUAUUGUUUUUCAUACAUCUCUAUCCUCCUAAGCAUCUGGAAGAAAAUCCUACCUCUUUAUUCUUGCUUGUAUUUAUUUGCAGUCCCUUCAGGAAUGUAGCGACUGGGGAAGGGCAAAUGAGGUUAUUGCCUCUCACGUAAGAAUUCUGCCUCCCCCCCCCCAAUUUAAUUUUUUCCCUUCAGUACCCAUAUUUCUAGUAUUACUGUUGAGCAUUCAGAAAUAGUUUAGGCAUCCCAAGGAAACAAAUGGUAAAAUCCUACAAAAGCCCAACACUAACACUCUAUUAAAAAGUACAGGCACAUGAUUGUACACUUUGUAAGCCACAGGGCUCACCUUUGUGUGUGUGAAAAUUCACCCCCAACUUGGACACAUGUGCUGCCACCAUACAAGCAUUCAGGGUUUCAUCAGAAAAAAUUCUGGCUUUUGAAAGUUACAUAUUCAGUGAUAUAUUUUGUAUAUUUGACACCCAGUGCAGACUAUUUUUAAUACCCCCUUCGUCUCUUCAACAGCCAUUUCUGAGUCUGGGAAAGCUGCUGGGUGGUUGGGAGAGGGAAGCGAGUCUCUUUACACCUGGUCAGCAGAGCUGCCAGACCAGAAAGGCAGCCAGUACUACCAGUGGCCACCAGUGGGAGUGGGCUGCUUCUGCUGCCCUGCAGCCAUUUUGGGUCUGGCAGAACUGUUGCCUGGGCAGGAAAAGGAGGAAAAUCUUGUUCCUGACCCACCAGCAGAGCCAUUAGACCUAGAAGACAUGCCCUUCCCAUCAGCUCUCUGAGGUGUCCCCCCGUGUGGCCUGCACCCCCCUACGGAUGCCCCAGACAUAUUUGAAGGAAUUUCAGGUAGACAGUUUCUCCACAAGCGUGCAGAUGAUACACAGCCCAUUUGUCUUUAGUCACAGUUCAUAUCAUUUAUAGUAGGAUGAUUUGUACGAUAUACAUUUACUAGUCACUGUUAGUUUACAGAACUUUUUUGCCUAUGGAAAAUAUUGAUUUGCUUUCUUGGAAGCUUCACAGCAUACUAAUUAAAAUGUAUUAAUUGAAAGUUAUUUUUGUCAUUACCGAUAAAGGCUUCCCAUUCACCAAAAAAACUCUUCUAUAGUAACUGAUUGAUACCCAAACUUUUCUGGCCCCCAUUUUUUGUUUCUAUCCCUGGCCCCCAUGGAAAUUAUCUCACUACACUCUGAGUACCUUCAAAUCACGCCAUCUGGAUUCUCUUCGUCCUAGUUGUGAAUUGAAAAGCUGUAGUUAAAAAAGUUCUUGCUUUCUGAAACUCAGAGAGUGAACAGGCAGCUAGUUGAUAUUCACUAUGACAUUUUUUCAGGAUCAGUGGCUUGAACUGAACCUUGUAGCUUUGUCUCCUUUCUCUCUCACUCUUUUCUCUGAAUCCAAGCCAGGCACAAUAUAAACUAAUAAAACUGUAGAGGUUUCCAUUGAAAAGCUGCAGUGCCUUUGCUUCUGUCGGGGUUGCAUAGCCAGAUGCUUACACACAACAAACAAUUGUUUACUUUUUCCCCAGCUCACUUCUCAAGGACUUUAAAAUAUUUGCCGUCCAAAAACUGCUGGUCUUAUCACUAUCUUAUAAAAGCUGUGGCUUUUGCUAGGAGAUUUCAAAGAGCUGAGAAGGCUGUA